GUUCGAUCUCGAGCCUCCUGUUGAUCCUUUCUUGCACAAUCAUGGCGGAAUCUCUCAAUCCCCCCCCUCUCCUACGAGGCCUCAGCGACCACCACCCACCCUCACGAGGCAACCUCCCUGCCCACCGAGGUGGUGGCAUGCCUGAAGAACUCCCGCUUCCUGCAUCUGGCAACAUGUGA